GGCCCCUCGUGAUGCUGUCGCAUCUUGGGCGGCGAUCGUUCAGUGCACGCGCCGCGCCGCCACGCGCUGGUUUGCUGCAUGCUGGAUGUAACCUCCAGCGCGACAGCACUCCAUCGAAGCAGUAUGUGCCCAAUGCCGUUUCCGUGUCGCUGCAAUCGCCCAUCGUUCAAGUUUUUGGCAGCAAUACGGACGUGGGCAAGACCAUCGUGUCUGCCGGUCUUUGUCGUGCAGCCGUGCAAUCUUCUUCGACAUCGACUGUGGGGUACAUCAAACCACUUCAAACAGGAGGAGACUCCAUGAUGGAUGCUCGUUUCCUCCGUUCGCACAUGGACGCCACCCGACUUUCGUGCGAGACGUUGUUCUCGUGGGACACUCCUGUGUCGCCGCACUUGGCCGCGCAUCUUGAAGACAAAUCACUCACGGAUGACAUCCUCGUCAAUCGCUUGAGCUCUACGCUGAAUGCAUUGCAAGCCAAUGCAUCCACUUUGAUGGUUGUCGAGACUGCGGGUGGGGUGUGCAGCCCCUCCGCGAGCGGCAGGUUCCAAUGCGACGUCUAUCGACCUCUUCGCCUUCCCUCGGUCCUUGUUGGUGACGGCAAGCUUGGCGGAAUCUCGGCGACCAUGUCUGCUCUAGACUCGCUUCUCCUUCGCGGAUACGACGUGCCAUGGAUCGUGCUCAUCGAGCAAGACGACCUUGAUAACGCUGCCGCCAUCGCCGACCGCGCCGCCGAACUCAAUAUAUCUGUUUUCGCAUUGCCCAAGCUCCCUCCGCAACCCACGCCGCUCCACGAUUGGUACUCGGCCAACGACGAGUCUUUUGCAAGCAUCCUCGAUGCCAUCACGGCAUACCAUCACGCUCGCGUCGAUCGCCUCCAUGCGAUCUCAUCUCAAGCCCAAGAGAUCCUGUGGUGGCCGUUCACCCAGCACAAACAAAACAAAGGCGUGCUCGUCAUCGACUCGGCGUAUGGCGAUUCAUUUGCAACGUACAACGCAAGUCGCAACAGCUUGGAACCCAUGGUGGAUGCCUGUGCGUCAUGGUGGACGCAAGGCCUCGGCCACGGCAAUCCCAAAGCUGCUCUCGCCGUCGCCACAACUGCUGCUCGAUACGGCCACGUCAUGUUUCCCGAGAACGCCCACGAACCAGCGGUGCAGGUCGCCGCCAAACUCCUCGACACGGUCGGCCGCAACUGGGCGUCGCGAGUGUUUUUCUCGGACGACGGGUCCACCGCGGUUGAGGUCGCCCUCAAGAUGGCUUUUCGAACGUUCGUGACCUCGUCCGCGUACCAAUCUGCGCCAGCCAACGCGGACAAGGAGCUCGUCGUGCUGGCGCAGACCAACUGCUACCAUGGUGACACGCUCGGAGUCAUGCACGUCGCCGAGCCGAGUGUGUUCAACAUGACCCAACACCCGUGGUACAAACCGAAAGCCAUGUUUGCGGCGCCGCCGACCGUGUCGGUGUCGGGAACCGAUGGCCAUGUGCGCGUGACGUGGCCAGAGGUCGAUGCAGCGUUUCACGUGCAACUCGAGUCGAUGGAUGCUCUCUUUAACGGGUCGUCGCGCCAAGCGAGUGCCGCCGCGUACACUGCGUAUGUGACGGAUCUGCUCGACAACCACGUGCCGCCGCACGCUCUCGUCGGUGCCCUCGUGGUCGAGCCCGUCUUGAUCGGUGCAGGGGGCAUGCACUUUGUCGACCCGUUGUUUCAGCGAACGAUGGUCAACGUGUGCCGCAGCCGAGGGAUCCCCGUCGUGUUUGACGAAGUGUUCAGCGGGCUAUGGCGCCUCGGGGCCGAAUCGGCGCGGAAUCUCCUGCAGGUGGACCCUGACAUUGCAUGCUACGCCAAGCUCCUCACGGGCGGCGUUGUGCCCCUCGCAGCCACGUUGGCUACGCGCCAAGUGUUUGAUGCGUUUCAGUCCGAUGCCAAAGCCGAUGCACUACUUCACGGGCACUCGUUCACCGCGAAUCCUGUUGGGUGCGCGGCAGCGUUGACGGCGUUGGACAUGUACGACUCGCUGGCAAACACUGCCUCAGUCACUCGCGAGUACUGGAAUCCGUCCGCCGUUGCAGCGAUUGCGCAGAAUCCCCGCGUAAUUCGAGCGUUCCAGCUCGGGACUGUCGCUGUCUUCGAGCUCGAGUCGUCGACGAAAGGCUACGACGCUCCUGGCGCGCAAGAAUACAUUCGUCAUCUCCGCGUCGAUGGCAUUUACGCACGAGCGCUCGGCAACGUCAUCUACGUCAUGUGCUCCCCGUUCACGACGCGCGACGCGUGCCGGGACGUUUUGGAAACGAUCGCGCGCGUGUUGAGCUAGACGCAGCCAUUCAAAUAUGGACUCGAUAUAGGUCGUGUGCAUGCAACAGAUUCGUGUUGCGCGAGGCUCUUGCGCUGACCAAGUGAGCGACGCCGACGCGCUCUCCAUCUCUACUUUGAGAACGUGACCCGGCAAUCACUCAAGCCCGUGUUUUGUUCAGAAAGGUUUUGCAGUUGUACCUUCCCUGAACGCAUUCCUGAAUCGCGCG